CGGCUGCCCUGGGCCGCGGCCGCAGCGCGCCCCGCCAUGCCCGGAGUGGCCGCGCCGGGCGCCGUCCCCGACCCCGAAGAGAGCUACGACUUCCUCUUCAAGCUGGUGCUGAUCGGCGACGCCAGCGUGGGCAAGACCUGCCUGGUGCAGCGCUUCAAGACCGGGGCCUUCUCCGAGCGCCAGGGCAGCACCAUCGGCGUGGACUUCACCAUGAAGAGCCUGGAGAUCCAGGGCAAGCGGGUGAAGCUGCAGAUCUGGGACACGGCGGGCCAGGAGCGGUUCAGGACCAUCACACAGAGUUACUACCGCAGCGCCAACGGGGCCAUCCUGGCCUACGACAUCAGCAAGAGGGGCUCCUUCCUGUCCAUCCCUCGCUGGAUCGAGGAUGUCAGGAAGUAUGCUGGCUCCAACAUCGUGCAGUUACUGAUUGGAAACAAGUCUGACCUAAGUGACCUUAGAGAGGUUCAGCUGGAAGAAGCCCAGAGCCUGGCUGAGCACUAUGACAACAUCAUCUGUGCCAUAGAGACCUCGGCGAAGGACUCCAGCAACGUGGAGGAGGCCUUUGUGAAGGUGGCCACAGAGCUGAUGAUGAGGCAUGGAGGGCCCAUGUUCAGUGAGAAGAACACUGACAGCAUCAAGCUUGACAGCAAAGACGUUGUGGAAGGCUGGGGGUGUGGUUGCUGAUGAGAGCUAGCUGAUAUCCCUAACUUUACUGGAAUUUAGAUGGUGCUUCACCCUAAUGCUGAGUAGCAUGGUAGCCAUAUUCUCCUCCUCCUCCUCCUCCUCCUCCUCCUGUGAAACCAGCAGUUUUGUAGAAGUUAGACACAAUCCUAUUUGCUUUGGUGUCUUAUUUUUAAAAAGGGACUUUGGAGAGGUGGUCCUAAAAGUCAAACCCUCUGAAAAAUGUACUCAACAUUUGUCCCCACGGUUUUAUUUUCUGUAUCCUUCAUACGAGUUACAAAAAUGGAGGAAACUACUUUGAACUUGGUAUUUUGGGGUGGGAAGACAUUCGGUUGGGAAAGAGACUGAUGCAGACCUAAAGGUCUGAGCAUUUAGUAGGAGACUGGUGGCAAAGGAGGUCACUUUUAGAAUAGGCAAUCUUGACAGCAUCUCUUCAAAUCCACAGCACUCCACCAGUGACCAGGAAGCGUCAGUGUCUUUGAUAAUGGUAUUUCAAGGGCCAGAAUAGCCAAGAUGUUGAUUACAGGACCAAAUAGCAGUCACCUGUCCUAGGGCAUGUGGAUUGCUAGUUGCUGUUGGAGCAGGCCCAGGCUGGGGAGCUUCUCUCAGGUUUUGUUAUCAUCUGAAGUUUUAACAGAAAGCAAAACCAGCCUGAGCACUGUCACAGGGUGGUGAUUUAAAGCAGCCUUGAGGAGAGGGAAGAUGCAUUUCAUUUGCCUGUUGUUUGCACAGUGAUAGCUCCUUUAUCCAGAUUGAAGCAUCACUGAGAUUUUGCCCUCAGGUCUCAUCAUUUCAUUCCACAACUCAAACCUGCACCACUGGAAACAGGAACUGGAGAAACCUUGAAGUGACUGUAGCCAAGAUCUCUUGCCAUGUGCCUAGUGGUCAAAUACAGGGUUCAUUCUGGUCAGACAUUUGGUGUUAAAUUACCAGAGUGCAUAAGUGGCAUAAAUGGAUUUGAUUCUUUAAUUGGUUUUGUUUUUUAAACCAUCUCUUUAAAUACUGCAUGGGCAUAUAAUGGGAAAGAAGACCUCAGAAUAGCUGAGAACUGCAUGAGUGCAACUUCUUGGUUGUGAGAAACCAGUGUCUUUUUGAGUGAUUCCCUCCCAGCUUUGUACCCAAAAGCAGCACUUUAGAGUCCCUUGUAGAUGUAGCUGAGGUGCUGAUGGAUUCCUCUGCAGUUACACUCUCAGGCACCUUACAAAACUGGAUUUGGAAAGAGAGCAGGAGCAGCAAUAUUUUAAACUCUGCAGAUAAGGCAGAGGUGUUCAGGUAUGGCAAGGGAAUUUUGCAAUCAUGAUAAUUGGAAGGAGUCACUUUCAAGAAGAACCAUUUGAAGUGAAUGUCUUGUCUCUUUGACAAAUCCAGGUCAAAAAGGACUUGAAUUGUUCUGCCAUGAGGGCUGCACCAGUUCAGUCAUCCACCAUACCCAGUGUCAUGAAAACUAGGGAGAUUUAGGAAAGGGCUAAUGGAUACCAAUUUUAAUCCUAUUCAUCUUCCUGUAGCAAAUACCGAAGCAUUCUCUGCUCUUUCUGGUUUUUUAAACUGUGAGGUUGAUAACUGAGGAGUAAUGUGUGCUUUGUAGCCUGUUUGCUUCUGUCUAAGGGGUUAGUUUUCAAAUUUUAUAGUUGUGAGAAUGAAAAGGCCUUAAAUUUUUCAACUAGUGUAGUUUUCACAAUUCUGUAUUUUCUACAGAAGGGCAGGCUGAGCUGCAGUACUUGGUAGUGGUUUUGGAUGGUCUUCCAGGAUAUUCCUACUUCCAAAGAUAGUAGGCAAUAAAUGCCCAGUUAGGCAGUUGGGAAUGGGAAUGAAAAUGGGAAUUUUCCAAACCCUGGAGUUGUUGGUUUAUUCCCCAUGUUCUGCUCUCAGGAGAAACUGUGAAGACAGUCCAAGCCAAAACGGAGUGCUGGUGGCUGCUUUUGCUGCUGGUGAGGUCCUUCAGGUACAGAAUAUUUGCAAACAUUUGAGUUCCUGUUGCAGUUUGGAUCUGCAGGUCGUGGUCCUGCAGUUCUGCUGGAGCAGGGACCCCCAGAUGAGCUCAGCCCCCACUACCUGCAGCAUUAGUGCCAAAUUACUGACUGCUGAGGAAAACCCACGUGCAUUUAAGAACAGUAUUGCUACUUCUCAGACUGACAUCCAUAGUUUACAUAGCAACUCAUCUUAAACUGGAACAAGAAGCAAAAUGAACAUAAAUCCUGCUUCCAGUGCAGCCAGUGAGUGAUUGUGUUCUUACAGUAGAUGAAGAACUGAGGAACUGUUGAUCCAUUUUCUUAAUUUUGAGGUUUGUUUAGUGAAUAAGUAGAAUUAGACCAGGCACUACACUUUUCAUUACAAUUUGCCUGGAUUUAGCUCUUAAACUAGGCUUGAAGGGUGAGGCUCUGUCUGCAGGUCAGUCUGGUUCAGUCAGAAAAUGUGCAAUACAGCAGCAGUGAUUUGUUUGCUGUACUUUAAAUGAAGGCACCAAUUCCAGUCAGUUUUCAGUUUCCUGCAGAAAACUAAAACCAUGGCUUUAAAUCAGUUUUGUUUUUUAACUCUUGGCUCUUCUGUCGUGUAGCAAGUGGAGUACAAGUUUGCCUGCCCUCCUAACUGACCAAAAGAAAUAGAAGAAGACUUGGUUUAUUUUUAAUUUUUUUUUUUUUCAGAAGAAACCUGAAGACCUGGUUUAUUUUUUAGGUUAGCAGAUGGUGGUACUAGGGCUGUCAGUAGUUAAAGUUCAUUUUGAUUACCAAACCCUUCCUUUGUUCACUGCCCACUAGGCUGGGAGCUUCUUGACCAGAAAUAAACAGAAAAAGUGGAGCUUUUCUCUGUUCUGCUGAAGGCUUUAUCAAAGCUGGGACUCACACACAGCCUUGGAAUUCAGGCAUUCAGGAAUUGGGUUGUUUAACUCCAUUAAUCCUAUUGAAACCAAAAGGCUACCUGGGUGGAGAGAGUGAGGAGCAAUAAACCUGUGAUUUACGGGUAAAAACCUGAGUUCCAGCUCUCCGGGUAUAAAUGGGCACUGAUGUACAGCAAGUGAAUAAUUCAGAAGUGCUUGCUCAGAGUUCACAGCAUAAACAUUUGCCAAGAAAUCUGUUUACUGCCAGUUGAACAUUAACAAGGCUAUGGUGCAGUAAUUGCUUUUAAGCAGAUCCCCUUGGCUGAUCAUGUAUUUGCAUUAGUAUUUAUCAUUCCUUUUUGGCAGUGCCAAAGUGUGCAAAAAUAUUACAAAAGCACAGGAGGGGACAUUGGUCUCUGCCUUGUAGCACUUGGGAGUGGAAUGCAGAGGGAGAUACUGAAAUGAAGUCAUCAGCAGAAUGUGCUUCCCAGGAGCCUUUGUUACCCUUUGUAUUGAUUUUAAGCUAAUUUUAUCUCCAGUUUCUCAUCCAGUCCAUCAUCACGGAUGGAACCUGUACAAAUAUUUAUAAUUACGUAAAUAUAAAACCACAUAAAUGUCAGCCCAGAAACCUAAUAAUGUUUGCUUUGCAAAACAAAAUUUGAGAAAAAUGAGAAUACUUGAGAACAGAGGAGAAGUCCUGAUGAUUUUCUUACUCUCACUGUACUGGCAAGCAGGUUUUUUCAGAGGGGAAAAUCCAAAUGAAGCCCAGCUAAAACCACUGAUAGCUCUCCUAUUGGCUAAUAGUGAUAGAUUUCCAAGAACUUGACCAAAAGUGGAGCUCUUGCUCCUUCUGGGUGCCUGGACUGUCAUAUGUGAAAACAAGGGUUUGGGAGAUUGUCCUUUGGACACGGCAUGCAAACUUGUCUUGAAAACUUGAAGACAUUUUUUAACAGUGAGCCAAGAGCUGAAUUCACACAGACAGGAAAGCUGCAGACAGAUGCCUCCCAGUGUCUUCAAAAGCAUCUUGGUACCAUUGCAAAUGAAGCACAAAACUUGUGUGGAAGUGGUUUUGCACUAAAGGGAAAUAAUUAUCAGAGAAAAAAAAAAAAAUCAUUAAUGUGAAAGGCAGAGCAUCUUGAUUAUUCUGCAUUUUUCAUGUUCAUUUCCUAGUUCAAUGCUGUGCAUAAGUAAGAUUUUUCCCUUUAUAAAUGAUAUUAAAAUAGAUAAAGUGUGAAAAGUAGUUUGAUACUUGACAAAAUAAAUGCUUUCUUAGGAGAGUGAUAAUAUUGAUGAGGAGAACUUUGCUGAUAGGGUUUGGUGGUGCAGCAUCAGGGAUUCCCCACAGAGUUGUGUUGGGGUGAUGUGAGACACAAAAACCAUUCCCAAAACAGGGGAAGCCAGUGGGGGACACCAGACCCUGUCCUGCCUGCCAGACAGAAAACAGAUACAGGCUGGUACUGAGCAGAAGGUGAAUUUAGUUCUUUGUAACUGUUUUUAAAGAUUUCUGUUUCAGAUUUCUGACAGGCAGAUGUGCUCUGUGCUGUCAGCCAGAUUUUCCCUCUCCUGUGCCUCACUCGCUGAGAUCUGACAGGUAAAAACCCCUCAACUCCAGAGAAGGGAGCAUCCCAGCCAGUCUGGCUCACACACACCUCUGGGGGGGAAGGAAAAAAAUCUCUAAUUCAUAUUGAAUUCAUUCACUGCAUUCCAAAAUUAUCUGAGGGGUUUGGGUGAUAACAGUGUUAAAAUGGUUCUGCAUUUUCUAGGACAAAUCUGUUGCUUUUCAAGGUUUCUUCGAGAGAUGCAGGCUGUACAUUUCUAAUCAUCAGUAACUACUUUGCUUUUAAACUUUCUUAUCUCAAUACUGACUAAAUGAUUUGGAAUAUGAGGAGACAAGGGAGCAAGCUUGCAUACUACGGUAAUUUUUUAUACUUUACCUUCAUCUAUUUAUGAAUUUAUUAUGAGAAGUAUUUUUAAACAUGAAACCUGCUUUUGUUGUGAAUUUUAGCAAAGUAGUGGAUACAUUGUACUGUGUAUCAUUCAAAAAGGUUUAAUUAAAGUAAACAUUUGGCAA